GACAUACAUAGAACCUUGGCUUUUAGCGGUGUAGGUCAUGGUUCGAAUCCCAUCAUAGAUGAUGGGUUGUGCUCGUUUUCAUUGUGUACUUGUGUCCCUGUAUAUUUUCCCAUGUAUAUAGGUAGGUGUCCCCGAGCGAAAACUUCCUCUUCAGGACUGACUAGAGCUGUCCCGAGCUGUCCCUGAACAACCUUCAUGUCUGUGAAACUUUUGCCCCUUUCGCGCCCAGGCUGCCCUCGAACGACAGGCCGUACACUCUCUCCACCGUCGACACCAGCCCUAGGAGUCUCCCUCGACGAUGUACGGCGUUGCGGAUACCAUGGGAGCAGUUCGCGGCCGCAUAUUCGAGGUCUCCUUCGACGAGUACAUCGGGACUGUCAACGGGCUCUUCAACUUCUUUGAGAUCUUGGGCGGCCUAGUGUUGUACUUCAUGCUGGGCACAACGGAGACGAAAGCGCAGAGCUGCCUGGGGGGUACUGCGUACACCUUCUUCUUCAACGGCAUCUUCAUGAUCGUGUCCAGCUUCCUGAGUGCCACCUCUGCUUACUACCUGCCCAGCAUUUUCUACUACGUGCUGUUCAACGGGACGGGCGCACUCAUGUACAUCUUCUCAAGCGUCGGGGUUGUCCGAGAAUCGAACGAAGUCGGCGCGCCUCCCGUCGUUGGUCUAAUGACCGGAGGCAUGCACGCCUUUCAUUGCGCCUACUCGACGUACAAGAACUACUACCAGUGAAGCUGGGACCGACGAAAGCAUCGGUGCCCACCCGUCCCGUUGCAGCGGAUGUAUAACAUCGCCUCCGACGGUUCCUUUGUUUAGCAGCGGCUGCUAAUAAACUACGUAGUGUCACGCGUACUGAUAGCAUCAGUUAUUAAACAGUGUAAAGUGGCUCGUCCUACUAGUACCACUUCUUUGGUGUCUCAUUGU